UUCUCUCUCUCACUUCCUUCACGGGGAAAUUACCCCUUUCCAACCCAAACCCAAUAAUGAAGCUACCUCGCGAUUUCCCCCCACAAAUUACCGUUUAAUCUACCGGAAAUCGGAGAGUUCCUUCAAAUUAAUCCCCCCAAAAUCAAAAUUUCCCAAUUCAUUCGUUCGAUUUUCUUCGUCCUGUUGUAAUUGGGAAACUCGAUUGAGCAGUAGCGUUACUUGUUGAAUAAUUAAUUGCCUGGAAUCGCUGCUAGGGUUUUAGGGUGGGAACUUUUGUUUUGAUUUUGCGCCGGUACUGCAGUAAUGGGGGAAGAUGAUCGGGCAUUUGGGGUUGAUUUCUCAAUUGAAGGAGUUUCGAGGCUUCGCGAGGAUGUUGGGGAGAAACUCAAGGAGUUUAUGGGUGAUUACACCGACGAUACACUUGUGGAAUAUGUAAUAGUUUUGCUAAAAAAUGGGAGGAGUAAGGAUGAGGCGAAGAGUGAGUUGAAUGUCUUUUUGGGAGAUGAUAGCGACUCUUUCGUAUCUUGGCUCUGGGAUCAUUUAGGAUCUAAUUCAAGUCUAUACAUGCAACCCGAAAAAGCACAUCCAGAUGGAGCCCCUGAACAGAAACCUACAUCAGGGGACAAGGCUGGGAAAACUGAGUCUCAUCAGAUUGAAUCUGGAUUUCAUAAAGCAAAUUUUAUUAAAAUACAUGGACACCAUCGCCAUCGGGAAGUCAAAAGUGUAGUGAGUGAUGCGUUUGAAAAGGAAGUACCCCUAAACUCUGUCACUGAUAAUGUAAAUCCCCAGGAUGAAACUCAUCAGAUGGUUGGUCGAGCUAAGAAAUCUCUUUCUCCUAGGCCAACGAUUCAUAAGAAAAGAAGAAAAACUGAGGAGAAACAGUCGAGAAAGCAGAGAGAAAAUUCUCAGCCAACUGUCUGUGCACCAAGAAGGCUGCUGCAGUUUGCAGUACGUGAUGCCGUUGGUACUCCUAGGCCAUCCAGUGCAACAGCAGAGCCUAGACCAUCCAGUGCAACAGCAGAGCCUAGGCCAUCCAGUGCAACAGCAGAGCCUUCACUCAAACGCCUGCGUUCGGUGGUUUCCACAUCAACAGGGGAUCCAUUACUGGAAGAACGCCCUCAAAGAAUUCGACGUACUACCAUGUCUUCCGCUGCUAUUAAAGCUGUGGCAGAAGCAGUCAAGGAUGUGAACAAAGUUAGACCCUCACGCAAUGUGUUUGAUAGGCUUGGUCGUACUACUGAUGUUGUUUCAGAAACCACCAAUCAUCGAGAAUAUGAAAAUGUUGCUGAAGAUGUGGGUGGUAUUGAUUUUAUUGUCGAAAAGGAUGAUUUUCACUCGGCUUAUGAUCCACGUAAUGGUAGCAGCAGACUGCAAGAAAGUAACAUGUCGUCUUUUCAUGAGACUAUCAUGGAUUCCGAUUUAGGAUAUGAUGGGGAAGGGUAUGAUGAUCUUGAUGCCAGAGGAAGAGAAGCAAUAGAUAUAUCUCGUUCAGGCACAUACGGGUAUGGAGCUGUUGAAAAUGUUGAUGAAAGACUGCACAGACCACGUAAGGACCUGGGUCAGCCUGCAACUGUGCAUAAUACAUCCCUUAAAAUUGCUUCGGCUGUAGGCAUGAACAAGAGGAAACCUCAAUAUCAGGAAGAAAGGGAAGGACUUGAAACGUAUAAUGACAAAGUAGUACAAGGUAGUGAUACUUUGGCUACUAAAUCUGACGUUUGGUUGAUGAAGGAGAACAACAAUCCUAUUGUGGCCUCUAAUGGAAAUGCAACACCUGACAUAAUUAUGCAGCAACCUGAAAAGACGCCGACAUCAACUUGGUUACAUAAUACUGGUCCACCAACUGAAGAUGCUGAUUCACGGACCAUUUUUGUUAGCAAUGUUCAUUUUGCUGCCACUAAGGAUAGCCUUUCACGACAUUUCAAUAAGUUUGGAGAAGUCCUGAAGGUUAUUAUUUUGACUGAUCCAGCUACUGGGCAACCAAAAGGGUCAGCUUAUAUAGAAUUUAUGCGAAAAGAAGCUGCUGAGCUUGCUUUAUCAUUGGAUGGGACCUACUUUAUGUCGCGCAAUCUCAAGAUUGUAAGGAAAAGCGCUGCUCAAACUGAAACUGUUGCAUCUGUCACAACAAGGCCUCCUCGUGUUGCUCGAGCAUCUCCCUUUGCUAUUCCGAGAUUUGGGAGAGCCCCUUUCCCCAGAGGCAUUCCCGCUUUAUACAGGACCCGUAUACCUCUUAAGCCAGGUGGCGGUGCAAGGAGUUUCCAGUGGAAGCGCGAGGGUGAGGAAACCUCAGUUCAGCCACCAACUACCCGUGGUCUAACUUACGUUCGACCGGAAUCGAAGACAAAUGCAAGUACUGGCACUGCUUAGUUCGUCUAUUUUUUUUUUGUUUUCGAUAUGGAGGAUCAGUAAAAGGCGGGGGGUAAUUAUGAAUUUCAGGGUUUAUAUCCUAUGAUAAUUUAUGUAGCAUCGUCAUGUUAUAUUGUUUUAGCUUGGUCGGAUUCAUCUGUCAGGCUCGGAGAACGCAUAAGUUGAGGGAUCAUUUUUCCUUCAGUUUGCUGUUUCUUUGUAGAGUUUUUGAGGUUCUCUCGAACAAAGAAAAAAGAAAAAAAAAAGAUGGGUAUUUUUAGUGUGGAUGCCAGGAUAAUUGGUCUCUCUCUCUUUUAUUUAUUUUAUUUUAUUAUUAUUUUUUUCUUUUCUCUUCCUGUAGUAUAAAAGAAGACACAUGAAUAGUUAUGGCUAUUUGUGAAUAUCGGACCCAACUGGAUGUGGGCAUUAUCAUUUCAGUUAUUAGCUUUUUGCUUUAUUUAAUUUAAAAGAAAAUAUGAUACCGAAAAGACUAUUCUGUGAAGUUCUGUUUUUUUUUU